AUGGAUUGUUCGGGCGAUGCACUUGGUCGGAUGCAGAUUUCAUCCGCCAUAGUAAAGCCGGAUCGAUCGAUCAGUCGCGAUCAAGAAUUCCUGCUUGUGCCCCGGUUGGCUGAGACUGUCUGUGUGACAUGCUGCUUGAAUCUCUUGAUGCAGAUUGCUGAUUCCCGACCGUGCAAUAGUGUAUGGUAUGACGCCUUGGUUGUCCGACCGUCAAAUAGAUCAUCUGAUUGUUUUGAGAUCUGUGCUGACAGUUUUGACAGACAAAGCUCACUGAAGCCCCACUUAUUCCUUAAAUGGAUUCAUUUGAAUGAUCCAGUCGAGGAGUUCGAGUGGGAGGAUGUCUCGGAACGGAUCGAGGUCGGGAGUCCUGACCCUAAUACAGAGGAAGGAGAAGAUUCCGAACGGAACGUCGAGUGGGAGGUUCUUCUUUUCUCCCUGAACAGGACCGACGACGAUUCUGUCUUCGUUGAAGACCGGGAGGGUUUUGCCUAUGCUUCUGAAUACGAGCUUUCGUUCGAACAAUUAGGUGGUCAUGGCGGAUCGGAAUGGAUGAAGGGCGGACGACCUGCGGCAAAAUCCGUGGUUGAAAACCUCCCUUCUGUACUGUUAACGGUGGAAGAUGUUGCUGAGAAGAAUACCAAUUGCGCGGUCUGCAAAGAUGAGAUAUCUCUUUCGGAGGAGGUGAAGCGGCUUCCAUGCUUGCACCAUUACCAUGAGUGUUGCAUUGUGCCUUGGCUGAUAAUGCGGAAUACUUGUCCCUUGUGUCGACAUGAAUUGCCUUCCACCGAUACCAGUGAUGCUGCCAUCGUCGGUGAGGAGGAAUAAUCUCAAACUAGAUAUGAAUUUGAAACUCUGCAAGCUACUUUGAGAUGUUGCAGUGUUCUGAGGCGAUGAAGGUUAGAAGUUUUUUGCUUUAUUUCGUUCAUGUAUUAAGGUUUUUUUUUUCCUUUUGAUUUCCGUGCCAGAAAUGCUGGGUGUCACCUAAUAAUUAGUUUCAGAAAUCAAGAAAUUUGUAUUGCAUCUGAAUACGAUAUAUGAAUAAGAUGAGCACCACAAUCAAUUUUUUUUCUUCUGCUUGUAAAA